UCCAUGGAAAUGCAGGACCUAGCAAGUCCGCAUAAUCGUGUAGGUAGUGGAGAUGCAUCUGGGAUAUCCAAACUGGACAAGCCAAAUAUUAGCAGUAGUUCUAUUACAAAUGGUACAGGAGGUGAGAAUAUGACUGUCCUAAAUACCGCAGACUGGCUUCUGAGUUGUAGUACACCAUCUUCUGCAACAAUGUCUCUUCUUGCAGUCAAAACAGAGCCAAUGAACAGCAAUGAAACCACCACAACAACUGGAGAUGGAUCGCUUGACACUUUUACUGGGUCAGUAAUCACAAGCAGUGGCUACAGUCCAAGAUCAGCACACCAGUACUCGCCUCAGCUCUACCCCUCUAAGCCUUAUCCUCACAUUCUAUCAACACCAGCUGCUCAAACUAUGUCAGCCUAUGCUGGUCAAACCCAGUACUCUGGAAUGCAACAACCCACCGUUUACACAGCAUACUCACAGACUGGACAGCCUUACAGCUUACCAACUUAUGACCUGGGAGUAAUGCUUCCGGGUAUCAAAACGGAAAGUGGACUUCCACAAACGCAGUCUCCGCUUCAGAGUGGUUGCUUAAGCUACAGCCCAGGGUUUUCUACACCUCAGCCAGGCCAAACCCCAUACUCCUACCAGAUGCCAGGUUCUAGUUUUACCCCAUCAUCUGGUAUUUAUGCAAAUAACUCAGUCUCAAAUUCAACCAACUUUAGUAGUCCUCAACAGGAUUAUCCCUCUUACACAGCUUUUGGCCAAAACCAAUAUGCACAGUAUUACUCUACAUCAACAUAUUCAGCCUACAUGACCCCAAAUAACACAGUGGAUGGCACCUCAUCAUCUUCUACGUAUCAGUUACAGGAUUCACUUUCAGGUCUAACUAAUCAACCUGGUACAGAUCUUCAUUCAGGGGAUUUUGACACAGUACAGAGUCCCUCAACACCUAUCAAAGACCUUGAUGACAGAACAUGUAGAAGUGCUGGGUCAAAGUCACGAGGAAGAGGCAGAAAAAAUAAUCCUUCACCCCCUCCUGACAGCGAUUUGGAGAGAGUAUUCGUAUGGGACCUGGAUGAAACGAUCAUCAUUUUUCACUCGUUACUCACUGGAACAUUUGCACAGAAGUAUGGCAAGGAUUCACCAACAGCUGUGACUCUUGGACUGAGGAUGGAAGAAAUGAUUUUCAACCUCGCCGAUGCACACUUAUUUUUUAAUGAUUUGGAGGAAUGUGAUCAGGUCCAUGUAGAUGAUGUGUCUUCUGAUGACAAUGGCCAAGACUUGAGUUCCUACAGUUUUGCCACUGAUGGUUUUCGGGCAGCAGCAAGCAGUACAACGCUGUGUUUACCGACUGGUGUCAGGGGCGGUGUGGACUGGAUGAGAAAGUUGGCAUUCCGCUACAGACGAGUAAAAGAACUGUACAAUACUUACAAGAACAAUGUAGGAGGACUUUUUGGCCCAGCUAAGAGAGAGGCCUGGCUUCAAUUGCGGGCAGAUCUUGAAGUUCUGACAGACUCCUGGCUCUCAAAUGCACUUAAAUCACUAUCACUCAUUAACACGAGGUAA